GCACCCACGUCCCGCUCUCUCACACUGCUCGCACCUUCGCAUUCACCCGUCACACUCUCUUCUCUUGCUCUGCUUCCUUCUCUCGCCUGCCGCACACCUCCGUCACUCGCUCUCUUCGCAUCCACCAUGAUCUUCUCGCCCUCGCAGCACUCCUCCUCCUCGCGCUGGGGCAGCGCCGCCGCACCGCCGUGUGUCGCACUGGCAUUCACGCCCGCCGACGCCUCGGCCGUCGCUGCCGGCAAGCGCGGUGCGCCGGCGCCGCAGCACGGCUGGCAGAAGCGCAAGCGCUUCAACGAGGAGGAAGAGCACAGCGAAGCCGCUGAGCCGGACUUCUGCUCCUCCAAGCGCGCCCGUGCUGGCGAAUCUUCCAUCGCGCUCGAGCCAGUGCAGGCUUUGCAGCCCGUGCAGCCCGCUCAGCCCUCGCGACCGCCCACGCUGGACGAGGUGCACUCCUGGCAGUCUGGCUCCUCUUCGUCCGCGCCGCCAGCGACGUCCGUCGUGGCCGCCGCGCCCUCGGCCUGGGUGCGCGUCGAGCGCCCGUACGGCGCAGCGUACGAGCGUGCGGCGCCCGUCGCGCCCGUCGCCUCUGCUCCGCUCGGCGCCUGUCCCGACAUGGACAUGGACUGCGCCAUGGACUACGAGAGCGAGACGCACACGUCUGCGCCCAGCCGCGCCGGCUCGACGCCCGCCACGCCGCCGGACUCGCCGUGCGACAUGUGGGAGCGCAUCGAGGGCGACGGCGGCUGUGCUGCCUCACAGCAGGCCACUGCCUGCGGCCAGCAGCAGCAGGCAGCCACGCUCGCCUGGCUCCAGCUGCAGGUCGGCAACGCCGCUCACCCGCACCCGUACGCCUCGCCGACUCCCAGUCCCAACACGCACACCUUCGACGCGCAGAACCGUGUGCAGCUCGGCUCCGGCUACUUUGCCCGCGCCUUCUUCUGAGCUUCUCGCCGCCGCCGGCCCCAAGAAGCAGCACGCUGCUGCACCCUGCGUCUCUCUACUCUGUAUUAGUACCGCUCCUGCCCUCUGUGUAACACAACGUCAUCGUCU